UCUUCCAGUUUCGUUUGCAGGCGUGUCCUCCUCUACCAAUCGAAGCUUCGCUUGCGUCCGCGACUCCCAGAGCUCGAGGGAGCCAGCGUCUGAACCGACCCGAUCGGAUCCCUGCGGACGCGCGCGCCCAAAUCCCUCGGGGGUUUCAGAUACUGUAUAAGAAGAUGCAAGGGGGAAGAGGUGGGAGGCAUGGUUUAUUCGGUUUCGGUGAUCCCUUCGCUGGUUUCGGUGGCUUUGGACGACCUGGGAGCCUUAUGUCCAGUUUCCUUGGUGGGGUGAAUCCCUUUGAUGAUCCGUUCUUCACAAACCCCUUUGGCAGCAUGAUGCAACCUAGCUUGCUUGGACCUAGUUUGUUCGGGCCCCAGGGAGGUCUCAUUGGGGGCAUGAGCAAUGCAGGCAUGUUUGGGCCAAUCAUAUUUGGGCCCCAGGGAGAUCUGAAUCAAGGCAUGAACAAUGCUGGUCGCUUCAUUCAGCAAGCUCCUGAACCAAGCAGGCCUAAAGGGCCAAUUAUCAAAGAGCUGUCUUCAGACGAUGAAGAUGAUGCAAGUGGUGAUAAAGAAGAUGAGAAGCAGAAAGGAAAUUUUAGAAAGCAUCCAAGGACAAGCAAAGAGCCAUACGUGGAGGACCCUGAUGAAGAAGCUGAAGCAGAUAAUAAAAGACCUAAGUAUGAGCAAUUUGGGAGGGAGUUCAACAGAGUCAGCACAUCACAACCACAGCCUCAGACAUUUAUGUUUCAGAGCUCUACUGUUACAUUUGGUGGUCCAAAUGGAGUCUGUUAUACAUCUUCGGCAGCUAGGAGGAGUGGUGGAGAUGGAAUUACAUUCGAUGAAAGUAAGGAGGCCAACACAGCUACUGGUAAAGCCACUCACAGGAUUUCACGUGGCAUUGGUAGUAAGGGCCACUCAUUGACAAGAAAACUGAAUUCUGAUGGACAUGUUAACACCCUUCAAACUUUACACAACUUGAAUGAAGACGAGCUUCAUGGGUUUGAGGAAUCAUGGCAAAGAAAUGCUAGGGAGAAUUUGCCUGGACGGGAUCCCAGAAUGAACAUGCUUGGCAGCGGAAGUAUUCACCCUGACUUCCAAGGUGCGAAUAAAAUGCUUGCGCUUCCAGCACCUAAUCAAACCCGUGGCUCCAAUUCUUCAAGGAACUCUCAGAAUGGUUCUUCCAAAGGUCGUUCACGCCGUACAUGAGUUCCUCUGUAGUAUAGGCAGGAUCAUCAUACAUGGUACCGGCAACUUCCACUGCCUGUAGAAAUUGAUGUAACUCGAGACCACUUCAGAAAACUACGUUACUUUCCCCAAAGUCAACAGCUGCUCGUGGAACAUCUAUCCCAGUGAGCUAAAAUCUGCCACUUGCUGAGCUAAAAUUUAAUUAUAUUCUGGGAUUCAGACUGGUUUCGGUGAUGUCUUCUGAACAUCCUAACUGCCGCCACCGUGAGGUGUGAUUCACAUGUAAUCCUGUGUUCUUGUGUACUGUUGUUCGUAUCAGUCUAUGAGUAGUACGUGUUUCCGAUGA